GAGCCACAUGGAGAUGGUGAAGAGAUUCAAGGUGUGGGUGUACGAGGAAGGAGAGCAACCAUUAGUGCAUUAUGGGCCAGUAAAUGAUAUAUACGCCAUUGAGGGUCAAUUCAUUGAUGAAAUAGACAAUAGCAAGAGGAGCCCCUUCAAGGCCAGGAACCCUGAUGAGGCACACGCCUUUUUUCUUCCCUUAAGCGUGGUUAAUGUGGUUCAUUAUGUUUACAAACCUUACAUGUCGCAAAAUGAUUAUAGCCGUGACCGCCUGCAACGGUUGGUGGAAGAUUAUAUUGGAGUGGUGGCUGAUAAGUAUCCUUAUUGGAACAGAAGCAAUGGUGCAGAUCAUUUUCUCCUUUCCUGUCACGAUUGGGCACCAGAAAUCUCACAUGCCAAUCCAGACCUCUUCAAGAACUUUAUAAGAGUUUUAUGCAAUGCCAACAAUUCAGAAGGAUUUCAACCCAAGAGGGACGUGUCUAUCCCUGAAGUGUACUUGCCCGUUGGAAAGCUAGGCCCACCAAAUCUGGGCCAACACCCAAUGAACCGCACCAUAUUAGCAUUUUUCUCUGGUGGGGCCCAUGGUGACAUUAGGAAAUUGCUUCUUAAGCACUGGAAGGACAAAGAUAACCAUGUCCAAGUUCAUGAGUACCUUCCAAAGGGUCAAAACUAUACUGAAUUAAUGGGCCUAAGCAAGUUCUGCUUGUGCCCUAGUGGGUAUGAGGUGGCUAGUCCUAGAGUUGUGGAAGCAAUUAAUGCAGGGUGUGUUCCUGUGAUCAUUUCUGAGAACUAUUCUUUGCCCUUCAGUGAUGUGCUUAAUUGGAGUCAAUUCUCCAUACAAAUUUCUGUAGAGAAUAUUUCAGACAUCAAGACUAUAUUACAAAAUGUUACACAAAAAAAGUACAAGAAAUUGCAUAGGAAUGUGAGGAGAGUUCAGAGGCAUUUUGUGAUGAAUAGACCAGCUAAGCCAUUUGAUUUGAUGCACAUGAUACUUCACUCAAUUUGGCUCAGAAGACUCAACUUCAGGGUCAUGGCUUCACAUUAAAGGGUUGUUUUUGCAUACAAAGGUCUUUUUUUUUUAUUUCCUUUAGGCCCGUUUGGAUACAACUCGUAGGAGGUUAUAUAGACUAUUUUUGUUUUAAGUAAUUUGAGUAACUAUUUUUGGUUGAUCUGAGCUAUGUUCUCAGCUAAAACAAGAUGUAGUUGUUCAAGAUUUUCCAUGUAACUGUCCUUUAUGCAUUAUAGAUUCAGUUGGAAGUAAUAUUUUAGAUAGACAAA